AUAUAAGACCCUCUAUAAGAAAUUACAUAGUGCAUUUGUGAUUUUGCCAAGGCCUUGUACAGAUGCUUUAAAUUCUUCCAAACCAAAUAUUUGAACUUAACUUUCUCGUUAUAGUGACUGUAAACUUUUAAUUUAUUUAUUAUCAGUUCAUUAUUUUAAAAAUUUCAUUUUAAAAAAUGAAUGUUUACCAUGGAAGACCAUUUUGUUAUUUAGAACAAACGUUGAGAUCAAAACUAGAAUCUUUAACUGUGUCAUUGAAACCGAUUGAUAAAUUACAUUCAUUUUUGGUACCCUACCAACAUUUAGCUGAAGAUAUAAGCACUGUUUGUGUAACAGAAUUUUUAAAUGCAAAGCCUAUUACUAAAUUGGGUAUAUUAAUAUUAGUGGAUAAAAUCGUACGAGAAAAAUAUGCAAGCACACCAGAUUUAGCUGCUGGGAUAGAGGAACAUCUUCUAGUUAUAUUUUAUGAUUUAAAAAAAUACCGACAGUAUACUGACUUCCGAAACUUUGUUAAUAACAUUUUAUGGGCUUGGGAAGAAAGCAAAACUUUUCAAAAUCAAAUUCAAGAUUUAAAAUUUGUUUUUAAUAAACUGUAACUUAUUUAUACUUUUAUCUGUAGGUAAAAUUAUUUUUAUCAUUUUUUUUGUAAUAGUAUAACUUAUACUAUACUGAUCGUAACAUGUUUUAAUUGAUAAAUAAUUUAAAAUUUUAUAUUUUCCUUGAGCGUAAUUAAUUAUCAUUUUUUAAA